CCCGGGGCGCGGUGCCGAGGCAACGGGGUCUGGCUCGCACCUCACAGCCCUCGGGCUGUGGAAAGUGGGGUGUGUGGGGGAGUGAAGUGCGCUUAGUCACCAGGCCUUCCUGGAGUUAGGUUGUCUGACCAUGAGUGUGUUCAGCGUAAAAGUGAAAAUAGCGGUUUUGCUGACGUGCAGCCAGACGCACUAAGUAAUCCAUAAAAAUAUUGAUGAGUGUAUAUAUAUCCAUAUUAUUUGGGAAAAUUGAUAAAAAGGAAGUUUACAAAACAGUAGAAAUAAAUAUUUGGGCAAGUGAUGUGCUGAUGGCACAUAUUUGAUUUUUUUAAUACUGGUUUUUUAUUGCCACAUUGAUGAUAAAGAGGUGGUUAUCACAAUACAGAUUUUAACAUGUAACACUUAAAACUCACUGGGAUUUAAUUAAUUUACUAUUGUGAGUUCAUAAGUGGUGUAUUUAAUUCCUCCUUUCGUCCAUUGGGGUUUUUGCUUUUGUGGCUAAUUUUAAUAUAUCGACUGUUAAAACGCGUACAGAGAAAAUGCAGUUUGGGCUCUUUGAGCAGGCCACUGAUCAGAUGCAAACAGAAUCUUUACCUUCGUGUCCCAACACUGUGUCACCGGUGAGGUUAAAUAACCUGAUCGGUUCUCCAAGGUUUGGAACAGUUACUCCAAAUCGUGUCUUUGUUGGAGGAAUUGAUUUUAAGACUAAUGAAAAUGACCUGAAGAAGUUUUUUGCUCAGUAUGGCAGUGUGACAGAAGUGAAGAUAAUAAAUGACAGAGCUGGAGUAUCAAAGGGGUAUGGCUUUGUUACAUUUGAAACCCAAGAAGAGGCACAGAAGAUUUUACAAGAUGCUAAAAAACUCAACUACAAGGAUAAGAAAUUGAAUAUUGGACCAGCAAUAAGAAAACAAGUGCGGAGUCCUAAUGCUCGUUCUGCUGUAACACCACAAGCUGGUACAAUGUAUGCAACUACUGCUGUAUCACCAGAAGCUGGUACAAUGUACUUGACCACUUCGAGUGGAUAUCCAUAUGUUUACCAUAAUGGAGUGGCUUAUUUUCAUACAUCUGAAGUCUCCCCUGUUCAGCAGCCAUGGCCAUCUCGCUCUGUUUCCAGUUCACCUGUGAUGGUUGCUCCACCUGUUUAUCAAUCUCCUACGUACCAUUAUCAGGCACCAACACAGUGUCUUUCAAGUCAGUGGCAGUGGUCUGUCCCACAGUCUCCUACCUCUUCUCCUCCACUCCUGUACCUGCAACCAUCUGAAGUCUUUUAUCAGCCAAUAGGAAUUAACCAGGAAGGUGGAUGUAUAUCUCCACCUCUCCUAAUGGAAGCUGCAGUUCCUGAGCUGUAUUCUGACCAUGGAGUUCAAACUCUGCAUCACCAGCCCUAUGUGCAGAGUCACAUAGCCAUGCCUGCAGCUUCCUUCCUGUGUGGCUGAGAUCCAUCAUCAGCAUAACAGCUGGAGCUGCCAGUUGUGGAAUUUGGGGAAUUGAGGUCGCAUUCUGUGAGAAGAAAUGUUCUGCAUCAUUCAUCUGUGAGUCUGAAACCUCAGUAUGCAUGAAGUCAUCAGUUUCAUCCAAGAAAAGAUUACAGGAUGGAAGAUUAAAAUUUUACACUACCUUCUACAGAUGCUGUAAAACAGUGGGGUUUUUAGCCAUGUAUUUUCCUAAAUACCUGUCACGGGGAGGGUAUGUUCUUCCUAACUUCUAACAUUUCCCUGUAGGUUCCCCAGUUAAAAUCCCACUACUUUUUGUUAAGUAAUAACGUGAGAUUUUGUUGUUUGGUCAGGUAAAACCACAUAAUAAUAAUUUUAUCCCUGCAAUUCUUUUCCUAAAGCAAACCCUGUUACAGGAGAAAAGGGUGAUUGCUGAAACACAGCCUGCUGUAUGUAUUCCAGCUAUUAACCCAGAUUGGAAGCUAGCCUACUUGUACUAAAGGGGUAAUGUCACCUUUAAUUUCUGGGUUACAUAAACUUUAAAGAUAUGUUCGUUACACAAUUGAAGCCAUUUUACCACAUACAGAAUUUUUGUACUGUGGAUAAAAUCUGAAAUUCACAUAGGUUAUUUAUACCUAUGUGAAUUUCAUUUUCAUUCCAAAAAAAUUUGUCUAUCUUAAUUUUUCUUGCUGUCAGUAUUCUCUGCUUUUAUAAGGUUUUUUACGUGUGUGUCAUUUUAGUGUUUGCAGUAAUAACUUUUUAAAAUAAAAUUUGGAGCCUUAGUUUAAUAAUGAAUUGUUCUCAUCUUAAUAUUUUUCUUGCAUAUGCAUUUGGUUUUAUUAUAUGUUUUUAGCCAUAGAAAAAGGCAAGAAUUGACUACUUGAAUUAGAAAAAGAGAAAAUUUCUCUUUGCUUCUUAAGCAUUUUCUGUUGUCUAUAUGAAAACAAGGAACUCCCUGGCACUAUCACAAAUUGAGAUGAAAUACAAUUUUUUCCUUGAUUUCAGGAAAAUAGUGUUUUUUGGUGAUGGUGGGUUUUGUUUGUUCUGUUUUUGUUUCUCCCCUCACCCUCCUAUUCGUUACAAAAGUCAGUUUCCCCAAAGGUUGAAAAUGAAGCCUCUGUAUUUACAAGAGUGCAAGGUAUGGCUUAUUGCCUCUGUAGCACUGAAGUAUUUAUUUUUUAUGUGUAAAAUAUCCUUGAGCUGUUCAAUUUUAUCUGUUUUGUAUUAUAUUUGGGAGUUUUCUUUUUUUGUGUGGAUUUGUUCUGUUGGUACUUUUUUUCCUUUUAAUCAUUAAGCGAUCUUGCCAAACGGAUGUUGUAGUCAGUGAAUAAUCCAUGUAUGAUAUGUAAAUCUCUUUAAAAAUUAUUCCUGUGUUCAGUAGUAUUUUAUGGUGUUGUCCAGGAAGAGAGUUGGAGUCCAGUUCUGGUUUUAUGCUGUUUUGAGGUUAUUAGAAAAGGAGAUGCCAUAUACUAGGUCUUGGUUGCAAGUUUCCUCAAGUGACUUUGUACCUUCUGCUAGGUAGAAAAAUCUACACCAAUGUAAUUUUAAUAGUUUUUCUUUUUAACAAUUUAUUGCUGUAGCAGCUGUAGUGGAUUGUUUUACCACUUAGUAUCAAAAGAAGUAUACAAUUUUUUGGAGACAUGUAGAGCUCAUCUUAUUUUUGAAGGGGGAAGUAUUCACUUGUUUUAGGUUCUCAUGCUUCUGAGUAAGUCUGUACCACUAAACACAUCUGUCCAGUUCUUUAAUUUUCAUAUUUUAGAACUCAUCAAUAUAUAACAAAAAUCUUGGCUCAUCAAAGCCAUAAUUCAUUUCCAUGGAAGAAUUUCUACACAGUAAAUAUUUUUUAAUGAAGUUUUGUCUGUGAAGAUACCAAAGAAAGAUUGUGUCCUGGUAGAGCCUUACUACUUGUGUCCGGAAACACACAUUUGACCCAGGAUUCUGGAGAUCUAGUCCCAAGCCCUUAUUUUUGGAAUCUGCUCUUUGUUUACCAAAUGUGACUUGCCUGUUUUUAAAAAUGCUUCAGAGAUUCAAGAAGUAAGUUUUACAGUGAAUACUAACUAAAAAGAAGAGUGCUUAGAGGGAAGUCUCUUGAACUAAUUGCUUGCAAGUGUACAAAUACUGUGCUGUCAUAUGUCAUCAGAUAGUGACUCUAUUCCGGACAUCACAAAAUGUAGUUUAUUUUCUCUUAAUUGGUGCAGAUGAUAGAUUGUUGAUAAUGAGUUGAUCCCAUGGCCUUUACUUCAGAGAUCACUCACUUUCUUUUUACUUUCAUGUUAACUUGAUUGUUUGUAUGGAUAUUCAGUGUCAGGCACUUAACUAUCCCUGAAGUGUUCCCCUGUGGGGUGUGUAACAUCAGUCUGGAGGUGCUGUUAGGAUUGUAUCUUCAGGUCUUAACAAAACUUUGUUUUGAUUUGAGAGACAGAGAAGAAACCAAGUAGCACUGAAUAUUGGUUUUCCUCUAGUAAGUGGCAGUCACUGUUGAAAUAUUGAGGCCUUUUCAUUUAUAUUGUAGCUCAUCUUUCUUCAGAAUGCUUGCCAAGAGUGAUGGUAUGACAUCAGACAGCAGUGACUGAACCCAGGAGUUGAAUCUCUCUGUAGGCACCCUUGAGAUGUAACUGACUUACCUGUAGUUGAAUUAAACAUGUGCUGAGGAAGAACUACAUUUCCUCAGUGCCUGCAGUUGUGCUAUUUUGAUGUUCUAGCAUUCAUGACUUGUUCCUUUACACUUCACAGUUCUGUUUCUGCUAGUUCAGCUUUUCAGAGUGGGGAGAUUCCCAUGCUGUUAAACAGAAGUAACGCAGAUCUUCAGAUGAGGAUUUUGGGGGUUGGAGAUAGAUUCCCUCCUAGCAUGAGAGUGGAGCCUCACAAUUAUCAGUGGGAAACUGCAGAGGGCCAAAGAGAAAGUGACCCUAUCUCCAUCUGCCCUGAGGGCAUGCAGCAAUUGGUAGCAAAUCACCUUUAUGCAUUGGCUGUCACAUUCCUGUAUUAGCAAACUUAAUUUUCUGGCUUCCACCCCUUAGAAUUUAGGAGAGUUGGUUGGUAUCUUCUGUUUUCUACUGAACUAGCUGUUACAGUAUUUUUAGCAGCUGCUGUCUGCUUAAUGUUACAUUUCCAUUGGAAGGUUAGUUCUAGUAUUUUUCUAUUUGAUUAACUCUGAAUAAAAACCUUGGACAGGCAGAAAGUUACUGAAGCUGUCUCUCAUGUAUUUUUAUAUAUCUGGUUGACUUAUUUUUAUAUAAAAUGUAGAAUUCUCUUGUUCAUUAGCAUUUUUUGUUCCUGCUACUUCAGAUCUUAUGUGUCAGAAGUCCAUUUAUUAUCCCCUGGAAAACUGUUUACAGUUUUCAUUUUUAAUUGGCAGUUCUUUAUUCUAAAGAAUUCUAUUCUUCUAUUUAUUUUAAUUGGCAAUUCUGAAACUGAUUUUCCAAAAUAGCUAAUAAGUCAUUGAGUAAACUGCAUUCCAGUAGUAACUGAGCAGAAACUAGCAGAACACAUGGCUCUCUUGAAAUGUUUUUCUCUGUUUAAUAUGGUUAUAAAAUGUGAAAAAUGGCUGCAAAAUACCUUUUUUUUUUUUUUGUAAAAUACAUUUGUGCCUUUGUAAUGUUGAAGUGCAAUGGUGGGUUCAGUUCACCUACUAUAAAAACUUCUUAAGUUCCUAUUGAAAUACAAAAUAUUCAGCUGAAGUCCUUAUUUUAAGGAUCCAGGACACAAUGCCAUGUGUGCAGUCCUGCACAUUAAUCCUUAUAUAGCUGUUAUACAGAAAAUCCAGAUCUAGAUCAAAAUCUAGAACCAUCCAGUUUCCUUCUAGAAUCCAUGGGUUUAGCUGGUGGCUAACAUAUGGCUGUAGUGUUUGAUCUGAUAUUGGAGAUCCAGAUGAUACACUUGCUGCUGCCUUUAUAAGUGAGACACUGUGGAUGCACAGAGAGAGAAGUUUAAUAAAUUUGCCGGUCUCAUUUUAGAGAACUGUUAACAAUUUUAGAAGUUAAAAGCUCUUUUUAUUGAAACUGCUUGUAAUACAGCAAUAAUAAACAAGCUUCUGUAGUUUUGGAUUUCUACUAAAGUUCUGAGUUGAUAGCUAAAAGUUUAAUUCCACCUGGUAUAUAUUUACUGUUUGGAUUGUAACUUUUGUUUAUUGUAGUAUCAGAGUUUUAAUAUGGGUUUAGAAAAACAUGAAAAAAUGAAAUUAAACUUUGAUCAUUAAACUAUGUUUUAAUGACUUCAAAAGCAGA